AUGGCGACAGUCUCGCAACCGCCGCAGAUACCGCCGUCGCAACCGCCUCCGCCGCCAGGAACCUCUGUACCUCAAACCAGCCCCCAGCUUGUGCCGUCGCGCCAGCCUCUACCGUUAUCUGCUUCACAAGAAGGCCAAGUGCGAGAGAUAUACCACAAACGUGUGCGAAACAAGUGCGCCGAAGAAGUGCGACAGUUCGCAGCAUGUGCAACCAAUCGUACUUUCACCGCGCCUUUCUACUGCCGACCCGAACGCCGCUUGAUGAAUGCCUGCAUGCUUCAAUAUGCCAACCAAGCCGAACAGGAUGCCGCCAGAGAAGAGUGGUUCGCAACUCGUGAUCUGCGACGUAAAGAACGAGAGGCCAAGGAAGAGAAGAGGAAAGAGCAGGAGAAGUUCCACCGCGAGUGGUGGGGCUUGGAUGAGAAUGGCAAGCGCAUUGAAAAAGACCCGAAAUGA